AUGCUUUUAAAGCAUAUUAUUAAACGCGUUAAUAAACGCGUUAAGGAUUCUCGAAAUGAAACGAUAAAGACAUCUACAGUAAUGACAGCAAAACCGUUAAGAGUUAUAAGGAUACUCUAUUGGACUGGUUUGUUUUUUAAUAGUUGGCCAGAGCCUCUUGGUUAUCAUUCUUGCGGAUUAUCGUCGGUGCAGUGCCAUUUUACUAGUGAUAGAAAUUAUUAUUCUAGUGCUGAUGCUGUAUUAUUCCAUGGAAACGAUAUAAACAUUUUGCAAGAUACGGAUAGCUUACCCAAUAAUACUGUAAAGCCUCCGUUUCAGCGAUGGAUUUAUUAUACUUUAGAGAGUCCUCUGAGUUUGAAACUAGAUCAAAAACCGUUACUAAAAGAAUUUUUCAAUAAUACAUUCGAUUGGAUCAUGAAUUACAUGAAAGAAGUAGAUCUUCCUUCGCCUUAUGGCUAUGUUACUCGUGGCCGGUAUCACAAUGGAUUUUCACCCAACAUUAAAUAUGCUGCAAAUAGAUCCAGAAUGAUUGCCAUUGUAUCUAGUGAGUGUUAUCCACAUCGAAUGCAUAUCAUUCGUGCAUUGCAAAAUUAUACUAAUGUCGAUGUCUUUGGUCGAUGUGGUCAGAAAUGCCCUAGAAAUAAACAUUGUUGGCAACAUAUUCAGUCCAAUUAUAAAUUUUAUUUAAGCUUAGAAAACAGCGUUUGUAAUGGCUAUUUAACGGAAAAGACAUAUCGAAAUGCUUUCGAAAAUAACCUAAUUCCGAUUAUUAUCAGUGGAGCCAAUUACUCUGAUUGGCAUGUUCUACCUCCGCAAUCUUUUAUUGAUGCUUUGAAAUUUGCUAAUGUCCGAGAAUUGGCCAAUUAUAUCGAAAAAGUAGCAAGUAAUGAUAAAUUAUAUAACUCGUAUUUUCAGUGGCGAGAAAAUUAUAAUAUUCACUUAAGGUCGCUCAGGAAUAGCUUAUGCAAUGUAUGCAAGAAAAUAGCUCGAAUUGGAAAUAAGGGUCUUCAAUCCAGUCCUUAUCGAGACUUAAGUUAUACAUUAGGACCUCAUGAAGACAACUGUAAAGAGUAUCCAGAUCCGUAUCUACUAUAUAACAGGAAAAUCAAAUUUCAAUUUCAUCGAAAUAAACCAGAAACACCAUCCUGA